ACGACUUUGUGAAGAGACACAUCCAAAGCCUUUUGCAAGACGUUUCAGCGAUAAGCUUGACAACUGAUAUCUGGACGAGCAGCGUUAGCCCGGUGUCACUCAUUAGCCUAACUGCGCAAUGGGUUGACAAAGAUUUUACCCUGCAGAGGGCUGUCUUGCAUGCAAAACAUUUUCGGGGAUCACACACUAGCUUAGCCAUCGCGGAUGUGUUUGAUGAGAUGCUCCGGAAGUGGGGCGUUCCCAAAACUUUGAUUCAUGUUGUGCUACGUGAUAAUGCUAAAAACAUGAUAAAAGCCAUGACGGAUGCCGGACUUCAGAGCCUUCCAUGUUUCGCGCACACACUCCAGCUGGUGGUUAACGAGGGGCUUCUGGUCCAGAGGAGUGUGACUGAUGCUGUCGCUAUUGGUCGGAAAAUCGUAAGACAUUUUAAACACUCCACAUUAGCUUACUCCCGGCUGGAAGAUAUUCAGCUGCAGCUCAACCAACCAACAAAAAGAUUGCAACAGGAUGUACAGACCCGCUGGAACAGCACAUUUUACAUGUUACAGUCUCUCAUUGAGCAGAAGCGCGCUCUUGGAAUAUAUGGAUCUGAACACGAGCUUCCAGAGAAUCUCGCCGCUCACCAGUGGGCACUUUUGGAAAAAACUGUUGUUGUUCUGGCUCCGUUUGAAGAGCUUACAAGAAAAGUAAGCUGCUCUGAUGCAUUGGCAUCAGAUGUGAUCCCUGCUGUGACUGUGCUUCUGAGAAUCCUGAACAGAGAAACUGAAGAAGAUCAGGGUAUCAAAACAAUGAAGUCGACCUUAGCUGCAGCUGUGAAGAGGCGCUUCACUGACAUGGAGAAGAUCCCCCUCUACUGCAUUGCAACUCUACUGGAUCCAAGGUACAAAGAUCGUUUUUUCUCAAACGUCAACAUUGCCAUAGAUGCCAAAGAAAUGCUGAAGGUGGAGUUGCAGAGUGUGAAUACAGGAGAGCCAAAGGAGAAUCUGGAAGAGCCACCUGCCAGAAGGCUUCGUAUGACACAAGCUAGCAGCAGUCUGGACAGAGUGUUUGAGGAGAUAACAGAAGAACAAAAGUCGUCUUCACAAAGCCAUGCCACCCCAGUGGGUGCUGCCAUUCAGUUAGAGACCUACCUUGGAGAGACUACAAUUCCUCGAGAAGAAAACCCACUGCAGUUCUGGGGUGUUAAUAAAAUGCGGUUUCCUGCUUUGGCUAAAAUAUCCCAGAGGUACCUCUCAGCUCCAUGUACCAGUGUAGAAAGUGAGAGACUUUUUAGCUCAGUUUCACACAUCAUAAAUGAAGAUCGAAACAGAUUAAGUGCAGCAAAUGCAGAGAUGUUGCUUUUCCUCAAGAAAAACUUGCCUCUCACGUUCUUAAAAUAGGUUCCGACCUAAAAGACAAGCUUUACAAGAAGCAUAAUGUAAUUUAUCAGUUGCUCAUUCAAAGUUUGUUUUCAUAGUUAUAUAUUCAAUUUGCAUAUAGGUAAAAACUGUGACAAGGCUGUUAAAACUAUUCAGUAAAUGUUAAAAUCUAUGUUUAACAGUGUUGGUUAGACUAAAAGUGGUGUUCUAUGUCUUAAAAUAUAACAAGAGGACAGAUCUAUACAAUUAAAAUACACCAAGUGUAUUUCUGUUUGAGCCAAAUGAAAA